AUGGAAAGGGGGAAUUGGACAUUCGUGACUGAAUUUAUUCUUGUGGGGAUACCAACCACCAGAGCCCUUGGAGGUCUUCUCUUCUUGACUUUCUUACUGGCUUACUUGGUGACACUCCUUGGAAACACACUUAUUAUCACCCUCAUAUUGGUGGAUUACAGGCUCCAGGUACCCAUGUACUUCUUCCUCAGCAAUUACUCUUUCAGUGAAAUUUUAACCACAACCUGUGCAGUUCCCAAGAUGCUAGCAGGGUUUCUCUCAGAGAGGAAGAGCAUUUCACUUGGUGGAUGCUCUGUACAGUCCUAUUUCUACUUCCUCUCUGGAUGCACUGAGUUUAUUCUUUUCGCUGUCAUGUCCUAUGACCGCUAUGUGGCCAUCUGCAGCCCCCUUCAGUACCCUGUGAUCAUGACCAGCUCACUCUGUGUCCGUCUUGUCAUCCUCUCCUGGGUGGGUGGCUUUCUCCUCAUCCUCCCAUCUACAGUCCUUAAGGCAGGACUUCCCUACUGUGGCCCCAAUGUGAUUGAUCACUUUUUCUGUGACAGUGCCCCACUCCUCCACUUGGCCUGUGCUGACGUCCGUAUUAUUGAGCUGCUGGACUUCCUCAGCUCCCUUGUCCUGUUCAUCAGCUCCCUCUCACUCACAGUUGUCUCCUAUGUUUACAUCAUCUCCACUAUCCUGAAGAUACCGUCAGGCCAAGGUCAGCGCAAAGCCUUUUCAACCUGUGCUUCGCACUUCACUGUGGUCUCCAUGGGCUAUGGGAUCUCCAUCUUUGUCUACGUCCGCCCCUCACAGAAGAGCAGCCUGCACCUCAACAAGAUUCUUUUCAUCCUCUCUACGGUCAUCACGCCACUCCUGAGUCCCUUCAUCUUCAGUCUUCGCAACAAAGCCAUGAAAGAUGCACUGAAAGACUUGGUCAAGGGAUGA